GUUUCCCCCCAUCAAAAUUACUUAACAAAUCAGAGAAGCUCCAGUCUUUGUAAUGCAUUGAGGUGAAUAGAUAGGCACUAAACAUAUUUUCAUGUUACAUUGCAUGAAACAUCAAGAAAAUUUUGUUGAUGAAUAUGGAAGGAAGUGACAUAUUUAGAGUGAGUAGUGCAAGAAUAAGCAGUUCUAACAUAUGGAGAAGUAGUGGCAGAGAUAUAUUUUCGCGAACUUCUGUUGAGCAAGAUGAUGAAGAAGCACUGACAUGGGCUGCGAUUGAGAAACUGCCAACUUAUCUUCGGAUUAGGAGAGGUUUACUGACUGAAAAAGAGGGUGAAGCUCGAGAAAUCGAUAUAAAAAGCCUUGGAAUAGCUGAAAAAAGAAGCCUCUUGGAGAGGCUGGUUAAAGUUGCAGAAGAAGAUAAUGAGAGAUUCUUGUUGAAACUCAAGGAAAGAAUCGAUAGAGUUGGACUUGAGAUUCCAGCUAUUGAAGUCAGAUUUGAGCAUUUAAGUGUUGAUGCAGAAGCCUAUGUUGGAGGAAGAGCACUACCUACCAUAUUUAACUUCUCCGCUAAUAUUCUUGAGGACACGCUAAACUAUCUCCAUCUUCUUCCCAGCAGAAAGAAGCCACUGCCAAUACUUCAUGAUGUUAGUGGCAUCAUUAAGCCUGGAAGAAUGGCAUUGCUUUUAGGUCCACCAAGCUCCGGAAAAACAACUCUUCUUUUAGCUUUGGCUGGAAAACUUGGAUCAGAUCUGCAAGUAUCUGGAAGAGUGACAUACAAUGGUGCUGGUAUGGAUGAAUUUGUUCCGCAAAGAACAUCAGCUUAUAUAAGUCAACAUGAUCUUCACAUAGGAGAAAUGACAGUCAGAGAAACACUUGCUUUUUCCGCAAGAUGUCAAGGGGUUGGAGCCCGUUAUGAAACGUUACUAGAACUGUCCAGGAGAGAAAAAGAAGCAAAUAUCAAGCCAGAUCCUGAUAUUGAUAUAUACAUGAAGGCAACAUCACUAGAAGGGCAGGAGUCUAGUGUUGUUACGGACUAUACUCUGAAGAUUUUAGGACUUGAAGCCUGCGCUGAUACCAUUGUAGGAGAUGAAAUGUUUAGAGGUAUUUCUGGAGGACAAAAGAAGAGACUAACAACAGGGGAAAUGAUGGUUGGACCGGCAAAAGCACUUUUCAUGGAUGAGAUAUCAACUGGUCUGGAUAGUUCGACAACGUUUCAGAUUGUGAAUUCAAUCAGGCAAUCCAUACACAUCCUUCAGGGGACUGCUGUAAUCUCACUUCUUCAGCCAGCCCCAGAAACUUAUGACCUAUUUGACGACAUUAUUCUACUAUCUGAUGGGCAUAUUGUUUAUCAAGGUCCCUGUGAAAAUGUGCUAGAAUUCUUCGAAUCCAUGGGAUUUGUAUGUCCAGAGAGGAAAGGAGUUGCUGACUUUUUACAAGAAGUGACAUCAAGGAAAGAUCAAGAGCAGUACUGGUUACAUAAAAACCAGCCAUAUCAUUUUAUUAGCGCUAGAGAAUUAGCAGAAGCAUUUCAGUCAUUUCAUGUCGGUGUGAAACUAGGUGAUAACCUUGCAAUUCCAUUUGACAAAGCCAAAGGCCACCCUGCUGCUUUAACCACAGAGAAGUACGGGGUUAGCAAGAAAGAACUACUAAAAGCUUGUAUAGCUAGAGAAUUUUUGCUUAUGCGGAGGAACUCAUUUGUCUACACAUUUAAGAUGACACAAAUGAUAUUUGUUGGUUCCAUAGCAAUGACAGUCUUUCUACGAACAGAAAUGGCUAAACGUACGUUAGAUGACGGGCAGAUUUACCUAGGUGCUCUCUUUUUUGGAAUCAUUACACUUAUGUUCAAUGGAUUCUCCGAGCUUGCCUUGAGCAUUAUUAAACUUCCGGUCUUUUUUAAGCAAAGGGACCUUCUGUUCUUCCCUGCUUGGGCAUAUUCUUUACCCACUUGGAUCCUCAAGAUCCCAAUAACUAUUGUAGAAGCUUUAGUCUGGGUCUGCAUGACUUAUUAUGUCAUGGGAUUUGAGCCAGAUGCUGGAAGGUUUUUCAAACAGUACCUUUUGCUUGUGGUGAUUAACCAAAUGGCCUCUGGACUAUUUCGAUCCAUAGGCGCUUUGGGAAGGAACAUCAUUGUGGCAAACACAUUUGGUUCAUGUGCUUUACUCACAGUACUUGUGUUGGGUGGAUUCGUCAUGUCAAGAAAUGACAUCAAGGCAUGGUGGAUAUGGGGCUAUUGGUUUUCGCCUCUCAUGUAUGCACAGAAUGCUGUAGCUGUGAAUGAAUUCCUGGGAAAGAGUUGGGCUCAUGUUCUUCCUAAUGCAACAGAACCUUUAGGAGUAUCGGUGAUGAAGGCUCGUGGUCUUUUUCCGCAAGCAUACUGGUAUUGGAUUGGAGUAGGAGCUUUGGUUGGCUAUGUUUUCCUCUUCAAUUUCAUCUUCACGUUAGCUCUAACUUACUUGAACCCAUUUGGAAAGUCUCGGGCAGUUUUAACAGAAGAAAUCUUAGCUGAAAGAAGUGGACAAUAUAUUGAGCUUUCCUCAAAGGAUAAUUUAGAAAAAGGGAACCAAGAUCGAAGAAGUGUAUCUUCCAGGUCAAUGUCAGCUAGAGUGGGUAUUAUUAAUGAAGAUAACCAGAAGAAACAUGGAAUGGUUCUUCCUUUUCAACCACUUUCCAUCACAUUUGACGAUAUAAGCUACAGGGUCGAUAUGCCUCAGGAAAUGAAAGCUCAAGGUGUUACUGAAGAACGGCUAGAACUUUUAAAAGGUGUGAGUGGCGCAUUUAGGCCAGGAGUUCUUACAGCUCUAAUGGGUGUUAGUGGAGCUGGAAAGACUACUCUGAUGGAUGUCUUGGCUGGUAGAAAAACAGGUGGCUAUAUUGAGGGAACAAUCACUAUAUCUGGAUACCCGAAGAAGCAAGAAACUUUUGCUCGCAUUGCAGGCUACUGUGAGCAAACUGAUAUUCACUCUCCUCAUGUUACAGUUUAUGAAUCCUUGCAGUAUUCUGCAUGGCUUCGAUUGCCUCCUGAAGUUGACGCGACAACAAAACAGAUGUUUGUUGAGGAAGUUAUGGAGCUUGUAGAGCUGAGUCCUUUGAGAGAAGCUCUAGUAGGAUUACCUGGUAUAGAUGGUCUUUCAACUGAGCAACGCAAGAGGCUGACGAUUGCAGUUGAGUUGGUGGCCAAUCCAUCUAUAAUCUUUAUGGAUGAACCCACUUCAGGACUUGAUGCCAGGGCUGCAGCAAUUGUGAUGCGAACAGUGAGAAACACAGUGGAUACCGGAAGAACUGUGGUCUGCACCAUACACCAGCCAAGCAUUGAUAUAUUUGAUGCUUUCGAUGAGCUUUUACUGCUGAAACGAGGAGGUGAAGAAAUAUAUGUCGGUCCAUUAGGCCGUCUUUCCUGCCAUCUAAUUGAGUACUUUGAGGGAAUCAAUGGAGUUAACAGAAUAAAAGAUGGUCAGAAUCCAGCAACUUGGAUGUUGGAUAUAACUUCAGAAUCGCGUGAAGCAACAAAAGGAGUCGACUUUGCUCAAGUGUACAAGAAGUCGGAACUAUACAGGAGAAACAAAGAAUUGAUAAAGGAAGCCAGCACACCUAUUCCAGGUUCUAAGGAUUUGUACUUCCCAACUCAAUACUCUCAGUCCUUUUACACCCAAUGUAUGGCUUGCCUGUGGAAACAGAAUUGGUCAUAUUGGCGCAAUCCUCCAUACAAUGCCGUGAGAUUCCUCUUCACAGUCUUCAUAGCAUUAUUGUUCGGAACCAUAUUCUGGAAUGUAGGUUCUAGCAGGAGGAAUAAACAAGACCUUUUCAAUUCAAUGGGUUCUAUGUAUGCCGCCGUUUUAUUCCUUGGAGUACAAAAUGCCACAACAGUGCAGCCGGUGGUCGCUAUUGAAAGAACCGUCUUCUACAGGGAAAGAGCAGCUGGGAUGUAUUCAGCUCUUCCAUAUGCUGUUGGACAGGUGUUGAUUGAGCUUCCCUACAGUUUUAUACAAACAAUCCUUUACGGACUCAUAGUAUAUGCCAUGCUCGGAUUCGAGUGGACAUUCGUCAAGUUCUUCUGGCAUCUUUUCUUCAUGUACUUCACAUUACUAUACUUCACCUUCUAUGGGAUGAUGACAGUUGCCGUCACUCCAAACCACAACAUCGCGGCCAUAGUUUCAUCUGCAUUUUACGCGUUAUGGAACCUUUUCUCUGGGUUCAUUGUUCCGAAAACAAGAAUACCAAUAUGGUGGAGAUGGUACUACUACAUUUGCCCCAUUGCCUGGACAUUAUACGGAUUAGUUGCUUCACAAUUCGGGGACUUACAAGACGAGCUAGACACAGGUGAAACGGUGCAACAUUUCAUAGAGGACUAUUUUGGGUUCGACUAUGAUUUUGUGGGAUAUGUUGCGAUAAUCAUAUCUGGAUUUGCUGUACUCUUUGGCUUCAUUUUUGCAUAUUCAAUCAGGACAUUCAACUUCCAGAACAGAUGAUCAUACUCAGGGUACAAAACAAACAAGUCUAAAGGGGUUUUGCUAAUGUAUUAUAUAUGUGUAUAUUUUUGUACCUUCUUCUCAGUUUUGCCAAGGGACUCUAAUGUUGUUCACAAAGUAUAUAUAAGAGUUGCAUGUA